AUGGGACGGGCAACUGACAGAAGCACUGAACGGAGACAUCAACACUGGCAGAAUAUAAGCAAAAACAGGUCAGUUGACCGGAGCAGAGAUGAUCAUACCAAAACCCGCGAUUUGAAUGAUGAAAAUGCCAAUUGCAGAGAUAGGAACGAAGAUGAGGCAACAACUAAUGGUGAAGAUAAUACUUCAGAUAUGAAUUCCAGUGGUGAUGAUGACGACGAGUGUCUUGAUGAACGUGGAUCUGUACAUCGUAAUGACAAUUUGGGUGAAGAUGUUAUUGGUGAUGAAAAUCCGUUGAAAAAACUUGUUGUUGAUGCUGUCAUGAGUGCCCUGAGAAUUAUGAAGGAAGGUGGAACAUCUAUUAGAACCUUUGAAGAUAUACUAGAAUAUGGUAAAAAUCUGUUACUUGCUGGCAAUAUUAGUGAAGGUAUCGAUUGUGAUGUAUUACUAAUAUUGUGGUAAAAAAACUGGGCUAAUGUGCAGAAGCUACUGCAGGAGGAAGGAUAUGAAGACGCCAAAGAAUAUUUUAUUUGCUUCUGUUGAGAGGAGAAAAAGACCACAAGGAAUAGUAAAACAACUACAAAAUUAGUUUAUAGUGGGAAAUAUAGCUUAAUGGAGAAUAAGAAUGAUUCCUGUAAACACUGUGGCAACAGGGGAUAUUUGAAAUAUUAUUAUCUUGGCUUAAAAGCUAAAGUAAAGAACUGGUUCCGAGAUCCAGACAUGUGCAGGAAGAUGUUGUCACACUGUAAUGAACGUGCACAUUGGCUUGGAAGAACUGAAAGUUAUGAUGACAAAAGUGAGCUCUGGCAUGGGGAGAGAUGGGUUGAAUUACAAUGGUUUUGGGAUCCUAACACUAUCUGGGUGUUACCAACCCUUUGCCCAUUAUGUGACAUACCAGUGUCAGGCGACCACUUGACAAAUUCUCCCGAUUGUCCUGAUGGGUCUAAAGAAGUUGAAUGA